AUGAAAGAACGAGGUAACGCUUGGCGUGCAUGUCUUGGAAAGAUAUGUCGGCAGCAAUAUCUUCGUCAUUAUCCCGUCAAGCUAAUUCGACCAGAUGGAUCCAGCAUAGAAAUCCGAUAUUUAGAACCUAGAUCGGUUGUGCAAUUACCAGUCGAUGUCAACGCACUAAGUGAAGAUGAGAAACGACAACGUUUGGCUGCGAGAAAACCGAAAGCAAAGAAGAUAGUACAGGAGAAGAUCGAUGACAAUUUCGACCCUUCUGAGUACAUGAAGUUCUGGAAUCCUAAUGUACAAGAGAGUCGAGAGCCUACUCGAGAAGAACCAAAAGAAAGCAAACCGAAAAAAAUCCGAAAAGCGAAAUAG